AUGGAGUCCGUGGUGCCUUGUGCAUGGCGCUCUCGUGCUCGCUUGCCCAAGGCUGAGCUGCGCGCAUUCUCGCUUCGUUCGCUUCGGCAUCUCAAAGAGGGUCCAGGGGGAGCGGGGCUUCCCCGGUUCCGCCGGUUCCGGGUUGCAUGGGCAGGCAAAGGCAGGGACAGGGACGUCUUCGCUCAAGGCGUGACCCGCACAGUGACCGGAGCAAUCUUGAGUCAUGCUGCGAGCCGCUGGCAAUUUUGGCCCUUUUGGCCCGGUCUGCGGCAGAGCCAUCUGCAGAUCCUCUUGCGCAUUCUGCUUGCAAGAAGGGAGGCCGAGGCCGAGUUUCGGCGCCUUUGGGCGGCGAGUUUGGAGCGGUGUGGACCACGGUUGAAGCCGGAACAAGUGCUUCGAGCGCUCGAGGCGGUCGCGAAAACCGGAAGUCUCCGCGAGUCGCUUCCCGGCUUCAUGCCGUUGCUCAAACGAACCAACGCGGAGAUUGCUCGGCAGCCUCUCCGGCUCGUCCGAAUCCUGGGUCUCCUCCGCGAGAACGAAGGUGAGUCUGGGCGAGCCGCCACCAGCGUCCUGCAGCUUUUGCAGCACUGUGCCCGCCAUCUCUCCGAGAAGCAUCAGGAUUUCGGCACGGAGGCGCUGACCGUCUUCUGCGCCGUGACCAAGGCCGCGGGGCGAGCCGCCUUUCGGAAACUUAGCGAGGAAGAUUUGACGAAGCUGAUCCGGGACGUGGCGCACCAGGCAGGCUUGGGAGGACUGGGAGGACUGGGACCCGUUCGAAGCAACGCGGCCGACGGGGCAGAGCUCUUCUGCACAUUGGUGCGCCUGGGCUCCCGGGAGGGUUCGGCAGAGCUUCUGUCCUGGUUGUGUGGCUUUUUGAACGGGCGCAUGGCGGGCGUCCCUGCAGAGAUGUUGGCACCUCUUGCACGGGCUUUGGGCAAAGGAGAUCCACACGAGGAGUAUGUCCUGCUGCAUGCCAUAUGCCAGCAAGUGCUGUGUGUGGGACUUCCAAGUGCAAACGCCGCCGCAUCAAUGCUCCUGGCAUGCAGCAAAUGGGAAUUUUACGAUGAUGCCGUGUUUAUGCUUGCUGCAGAAUCUCUGAAUAAAGGGGUCCACCAAGUCUCUCCGAGCCAUCUCUGUGACUUGCUGUAUGGGGUCAGCAGUUUGCAGAUUCGAGAUGCUUUGCCGCUGGACUCGCUGGAUGCGCUCUGUGAUGAUCUGGUGAGAAGAGUGGAGGCACUGUCUGAAGCUGACCUCGUGCGUCUUCUAAGGGCUCUAUUGAAGUUGCGACACCAGCAUGAGCCUUUGCUGGCCGCACUUAGGCCUGUAGUGAUGGAACAGCAAGCAAGGAUCCAAUCGAUCAGCCUUUGCAACUUGAUCAACGUUUUCUCUUAUUUUGGAGGCCUGGAUUGUGAAAGUCAGAAGUCUUUGCUUGACACAGCUGUCGGCAAAAGAGCGCGCCGGUUGCAAGCUGUCUCGGUGCAACACCUCCUCACAGCUCUCUGUCGCUUGCGGACCUCCGCCUCCGACUCGGAGCUUCCACUGGAGAAGCUCUGCCAGCACAUUGCGACCUGCGGCGGUGGUGGGCCAGGCGGGCCAGGGCCCUGCACUUUUAGCCCAGUGCAAGCCGUGAGCUCCCUGGCGGCGCUUGCAAAGCUCCAGCAGCGCGACCUGGCCGCUUUGUCCGUGCUUCUUGGGGCGUUCACAGGUGCCAUCUCCUGGACUUGGGCUCCGUCUCCACACUUUCUUCGCACGGUGGCGCUACCUUGCGAAGCACUCGGCGGCGGCAGUGGCCGCCGCACACUGGAGGGGCUGGGAAGCUCCCACUGCGUCGAGAUCCUGCAGAGCCUGGCUGCGUUGGAUCUGAGCAGCCGCACGACGGUCCAGCUGACGGCGCUGCUGUGCGGCUUGCUUUGCCCUCAACUGCACGAGCUUCGAGCCAAAGAGGUGCUCGUGGUGGCCCGUGCCUUCAGCGUCGAGAGGCUGCCGGACCCGGCCUUCGAGGUCUGGGCCGAGGCCGACUCGGCCUCCGAGGCCGCCUCCGCCUCGGCCGCCUCCGCCUGGCGCGAGCGCGCCCUGGAGCUCUGCCUUGAGAGCCUGCGGCGCCACGAGAGCUUCCUCGACAGCUCUUGGGUCAGCUUGCUGCCUUUCAAGUUGCUGUGCUUGCAAGUGAAUUCGGGGACCUUCGGCACGCGUGCGUUUCGCGACUUCUUGAAUCCCAUGCUCUUCAGUUUUGUGGAGCGGCUGAGGUGCCUGACCAAGGAGCAGUGCGACCAGAAUCGCUUGCAGCGCGAGGGAGAGGAAACUUUGGAGGAAGAGGACACCUUGGGCAUGGAGGGACCCGAGAUGAUUCGUGGAGCGAACUUCCGCAUCUUCGUGGGAAGCUGCGAGCAGAACUUGAUAACUCGCCAAAAUGAUGCCGACACCCUGCUCGCGAUUGGAGUAGUUUGUGUCCGGCUUGAGCUGCGGCACUUGGAUCGGCUCGAGCUGUGUGAAGCACGAAUGCUGCUGGAUUCGGUGGCAGUCCGUGGAAGCAGGCCAGACGAAGAAGUGGAUGAGAGCGGCUUCGUGAUGUCGCACUUGCAGGUCAUCCCAGUGAUGUACCGUUGGGAGCUCAUCCCUGGUGUUGCAUCAGAGGAGUGGUGGGCGCGCGCCAAAACGAUUCGCUACGACCACUACACGGAGGGCAUCGUGUAUUCACCCUAUGACACUGGUGAGCCCAUCCGAGAGAUGCCGGAAGAGUGCAAAGGUAAGAUGCUGCUGAAACAAAGGCGGGGAGGUUGGAAGCUUCAGAGCGAGAUGGAGGAGAUUGGGCUAGUGUUCCUGUCGUCGUUGACAUUGAAAUUCUCAAGACUCUCAACAUUUGGCACAUCUUGCUAG